AGACUCCUCCUGUGGACGACGUUCGAGCAUGUUUGUAUGUAUCGUCGGCCACCGCGGUUGGCAGUUUCAGUCUGACAUGGGCGCGACAGAAAGAGAGGAGGCGAGCAGAGGCGAGAUAAAGAAGGACGCGGUAAUAACGUUUAGGGGAACCUCGAGGUGGGUUCCGCAAACGGGAGAGACCCUGCAGGCGGAGUUGGGUGCUGAUCCCAGAGGCGGAGCGUGUUGCGGAGAAACCGCCCAUCGACACCCGCUGGGUAUCCUCUCAUCUCGCUCCCGCUCUUGCGUUUCCACCGUCCCUUUGACUCCGACGUUCGCGACCAAGCUGCGAUAAUCGCGUGGCGGGUGGGGGCCGAAACGAAGAGGCGACCGGCGGUGGCGCGGGUCAGUCUCUCGGGCAACCCGGUCGGUCUGUCGUUCCCUGCUCUGUCCGCGCCACGUUUCGCCUCGCGCGGUUCGGAGUGAUAAACGACACAUCAAGCGCGGCCUCGCUUUUCGCGCGCGCGAUAGAGAGAAGCGACUGUGUACUUUCUCGCGACGACGUAACAUCUCGAGUCAUCCUCGCACUAUUGACAGAGUGCCUCUCCGGCGAUCACUCGCCGGCAUCGAAUCAUCUCGGAUCACGCUUGGUGACCGCUAAAUGUCACGGCUAGCCACUUAACGUCGUGUUUCGCAGUGUGUUGUGCUUCGAAAUCUAUCUGUCACCGAUCAGGACCGAUCUGUCAAGUUUCGGCUGCGCGACGAACGCCGGCGAUCAAAUCCGCGCAUUCGAAAUCUCUCGUCGCGCGCCGUCAAUUUCCUCGCACGCGUGCACGCGCGCAUGCCGACGACGAGGAAUCGAAGUGAUUCUCGCCGGUGGAGGAGAUAAUAUGCUGAUGCCGUUUUAUCGGCGCUCGCGUAUCGAGGAUAGAAGCUCGCAUCGUCUACCGGACAGCGAUUAUCAGCGCCGCUAUCAUCGGCAUUGUUGUCGCGGCGCACGACGCCCGUAGCGACGUCGCGACGUCAAGCGAAUCCGCCUCGAGACUCGUUUCGAUUAGUUCAUCGAUAGACCCCACGUGGCCCAGGAAGCAGCGCGCGAGGUGAUGUUGCUGGAGUCGCGAGGCCUCACCGGUAGGAAGAGAAACGGAUUGACACUGACCUCGUUCGGCGACGGUGGCGGCGGCGGUGGCGGAGGCGGCGGCGGCGGCGGUGGCGGCGGAGGAGCCGGCAGCGAAGAGGACGACGAGGAAUCCCGACAUCACCUCUACCUGGGCAGAAAGAUGCAGGGCGAGGGCACCGCCGCCCCCACGGUACCCACCGGACUGUCCGGAUGCGCCGGCGACGAUGGUGACGAGAGCUCGAGCCCGUCGCCGAACAGCAGCCUCCUGAACAAUCUCAACAACAAUUGCAACUCGAACCGGCAGUGCGCGACCGACUUUAGUAUCGCCGCAAUUAUGGCGCGAGACUCGCGUCAGCAGCAGAUGCAACAGCAACAGCAGCAGCAACAGCAGCAGUCGCAUCAUCAUAGGCAUUCGCAGCAGCAGGCCGUCGGCGGCGGUAAACUACAUCAACACGAAAGGGAAGCCAGCGGUUCUGGAGUCGUCCGCGGUGCUCCGUCGGUUCCGGAGACGAUCAAUGCGGAGGACGAGCCGGAAACGGACGAUACCGGAAGCACGAGUGGGAAGGGCGCCUCGCCGGUCGUGAAUCCGCUACUUCAGGAGCGCUCGAAUUGCGAGGAACUGAAACAUGUGGCCUGUCACCUGGAGACCAAGGAUCUCUGGGACAAAUUCAACGAGCUCGGCACGGAGAUGAUCAUCACAAAGACCGGCAGGCGAAUGUUUCCGACAUGUCGCGUCUCAUUCAACGGACUGAAGGCGGACAGUCGAUACGCGGUCCUGAUGGACAUCGUGCCGGUUGACAACAAGAGGUAUCGAUACGCAUAUCAUAGGAGCUGCUGGUUGGUGGCCGGAAAGGCGGAUCCGCCGGCGCCAGCCCGGCUCUAUGUCCAUCCGGAUUCACCUUUCACAGGCGAGCAGCUCCGAAAGCAGGUCGUCUCUUUCGAGAAAGUCAAGCUCACUAACAAUGACAUGGACAGACAUGGGCACCUGGUGCUGAAUUCGAUGCACAAGUACCAGCCGAGGAUCCACCUGGUGAAGCGGCCGGACUCGAGCACGGCGAAGCCGAUCGUGGACCUCGAAAAGGAGCCGCACAAGACCUUCAUAUUCCCGGAGGCCAUAUUCACCGCUGUCACCGCCUAUCAGAAUCAGCUCAUCACGAAGCUCAAGAUCGAUAGUAAUCCGUUCGCCAAGGGCUUUCGAGAUUCUUCUCGUCUUACUGACUUUGAGAGUUUCCCUUUUAGGGAGACGAUGGAAUCCAUGUUAGCGGAGCAACAGUCAUUGAGGUUUCCGCAUCGGUUGCCUUUCGAAAUGGAGCAGCUCCAGGCGGGCGCAGUGAGCAACCUUAGUCUGGAGGAGAAGGCUUUAUGGGCCGCGCGUUCACAGAUGUUGUUAAGGGCGGCGGCGGCCGUGGCCGUCAGUCCCUACGCUCAGUUGGUGAGUCCGGCUUUGGUCUAUCCUGGCGCGCCGACGGCUGGUACCAGCCAUCAGCAGCAGCAACAACAACAACAGCAGCACCAACAGCAACAACAACAGCAACAGCUGGGUCACCUAUGGUGGGCCUCGUCAAUUGGUCCGACUCUGUUCGCGGCGGCGCACCAUCAGCAGCAGUUGGCCGCCACCAGCUCCCAGCAGAAUCCAACGUGUCCCGCGGCUCCACGGCCCCUCUAUCCGUCACCGCUCGCCCUGGCUCACCACCGAUUCUCGCCCUACCAUACGACGACCGCCCCCAAGUCCUCGACGCCGGCCGUGCCGUCGCCGUCGCCGUCCAGAAGGGCCACCCCGUCGCCCACGGAUAGUCUCAGCAGGGAGGCUCAGGAUCUGUCGCCCUCGUAGUCGCCGGCUUUCUUGUAACCUCGUUAGAGAAGUACUGGUACCGUGAUUUUCCUAAUGGAAAAAUGUUUGAGACUUUUUACUAAGGCUCCACGACGAAAGAAUUCGAAUUUUCGAAUGUGAAGGGUUUCGAUAAAUUGGAUGAAUUUUUUUUAUGGAGAAACGUGCAAUUCCUUCUCACGCGAUGAAAGUGAGCUCUUCUCGAUUGAAAUCGAAGCGUGAUUGAUUCGUAUCACUUUGCAAUAUUCUUCUCUCACGGAGAAAUGAAGAAACUUUACGCGCGGUGAGAAUCGAUUUCCAUCGUGCCACUUGUUCAACUUAAAUUAUCUCUUUUCUUUUUUUUUUUUUUAGAUUUCUAAAAUAUACGCCAAUUCUAUAAAAUUGGUUACAGCAUUCUUUUUUUCAGAAGAAUGUAGAAGUGCAAUAUUUAUUAAACUAAUAUUAAUAAUUUAUUAAUUAUUAUACUCUUUCUUAUCUUUAUUAUUUUUUAAGGAGCCGGUCUCCAUUCCGCUAGAGAUGAAUAUAUAACGAUUGUAUAAAAAAAAAAAAAA